GCCGGGCUCUGACGGAUGACGUUGACAGCAUGGCGGACAGCCUGGUAGUGUUAGGCCUCGGGGCUUGGCUCUCGGAGCAAAGUGAACGGCUCGGGAUCCGGCAACCGACCCCCGUGCAGCAGCACUGUAUUCCGGCCAUUCUCCGGGGACAGGACUGUAUGGGCUGUGCCCAAACUGGCAGCGGGAAAACUGCAGCAUUUGUUCUCCCAAUCCUUCAGAAGCUGUCAGAGGAUCCAUAUGGAAUAUUCUGCUUGGUGUUGGCUCCCACCAGGGAGUUGGUCUAUCAGAUUGCUGAACAGUUUCGAGUCCUGGGGAAACCUCUGGGUUUGAAGGAUUGUGUUGUUGUUGGUGGAAUCGAUAUGGUCUCACAGGCUCUAGAACUCUCCAGAAAACCUCAUGUUGUCAUCGCAACUCCAGGCCGUCUGGCUGACCACAUCCGGAGUAGUGACACCUUCAACUUGAAGAAAAUAAAGUUUCUGGUGUUGGAUGAAGCUGAUAGAUUGCUGGAGCAAGGCUGCACAGAUUUCACUCAGGACCUGGAAUUGAUUCUCAGUGCUGUCCCAGCCAAACGGCAAACUCUACUGUUCAGUGCGACCCUUACUGACACGUUACAGGAGCUGAAGAAGAUUGCCACGAACAAGCCUUUCUUCUGGGAAUCAAAGACAGAAGUUCGCACGGUGACGGAGUUGGAUCAACGUUAUCUCCUUGUUCCCGAACGGGUAAAAGAAGCUUUCCUCGUUCAGAUUAUCCAGAAGUUUCAGGAUGAACAUGAGGAUUGGUCCAUUAUCAUUUUCACAAACACAUGCAAAAUGUGUCAGAUUUUGAACAUGAUGUUGCGGAGGUUCAACUUUCCCUGUGGAGCCCUACACUCAAUGAUGAAGCAGAAGCAGCGGUUUUCCACACUUGCGAAGUUCAAGUCGAGCAUUUUCAAGAUCCUUGUGGCCACAGAUGUUGCUUCUCGUGGUCUCGAUAUUCCUACAGUCCAUGUUGUCAUCAAUCACAACACACCUGGACUUCCGAAAAUCUACGUCCACCGUGUUGGCCGCACAGCCCGAGCAGGUCGUCAUGGCAUCUCUAUCACUCUGGUUACUCAGUACGACAUUUACCUGGUUCAUGCAAUUGAGCAGGAAACAAAGGUGAAACUGAAGGAGUUUUUGGUAGAUGAGGAGAAUGUGCUGAAGAUUCUCACACAUGUGAAUGUGACUCGGCGAGAGUGUGAGAUUGAACUUGAGUCAACUGACUUUGAUGAAAAGAAGGAAAUCAACAAAAGGAAGCAGAUGAUUUUAGAAGGAAAGGACCCUGCUGUAGAGUUAAAGAGAAAAAUGGAGCUGGAGAAAAUAAAGGAAGGAAAGAGGAAAUUUCAGCAGAGAAUAUGUGAGACUUUGGAGAGACAGACAGCAACUCGACUCAAACACAAGCUGCUGAAGAAGAAAAGAAAACAAGCAAAGAGAGCAGGGCAAGUUUUGGUUGGAGCUGGAAUCUGAUCCAUGGACAAAACCUUCAAUCUGUAACCAAAUUGCCAUUUAGUGACAUUUGGCACCACUCAUGUUUUCAAUGGACUAUUUUCUAACAUUUGAAAUUUGUUUGCUGCAGUGGGGAGCUGAACAAUGUAGUGUUAAUAGUAUUCAUUGUAUGUAAAAUAUCCUUUAUCUGGCUCCUCAUUGUAGUAUUUUGCAUGCAACCUACUCAGACAACUUAGCUCUCCAUUUCUAGCAAGUAGCUGUAGGCCAACUGAUGAGUUUCAGAAGUCAGGCAUUUGCUUGUUUGGAUUUAUCAGCUGAAUGAUGGUAUUUAGGGUCUUCACUCCCUGAUGGCAACAGUUUAUUUACAAGAAAGGGCAUGAAACUAUUGCCUUCCAUUUAUGAUAGUUAAUUGAGUAGUUAAUUUACCCAUUGUCCUAUUUAAAUUUCCAGUGGUGCCUUUUCAUGAAAGUAUUGACUUACCAAAUUGAAUAAUACCUGAAUGAACAGCUCAAUUGUGAUUGUAUUAAAGUAUUCACCAGGG